AUGGCACCAGUCGUGCACUGCUCUGCUAAGCUCUAUGCAACAGGAAGAACAACAUUGGCAGGUCUGCAAAUCUUGCUCACAACCCAAUCAGAGCUACCAAAACCUGUAACCCAAAAAUCUAAAUCACCAGUACCACUCUCAGUGCCACCAAUGGUAUCAAUUGGGAUUUCUCUGCGCUCACUACCUCACUCUCUGCUCCUCUGCUCUGCUGCUGGUUCCACUCAGAGCCCCAAAAGGGCAAGAACCAUUUCAAGGAUCAGCCCAAGAAUGGCUCUGGCCACACCCAUCACCUUUGGGUUCAAUAAUUUGUUGGAAACUUUCACAGUAAACGUGCAGAGAGCGGAGAAUAGGCCUCUGAAUGUGCCUCUGAUAGCGCCUUUCACGAUUGCCACUUCAAGGCUUGACAAGGUGGAGAAUGUGGCUAUCAGGGUUGAAUUGAGUAACGGGUGUGUGGGGUGGGGUGAAACUCCAAUCUUGCCUUUUGUCACUGCAGAGGAUCAGCAUACAGCCAUGGUCAAGGCCAGGGAAGCUUGUGACUUCUUGCUCCGCAGUCCGGCGAAGACCUUGGGUUCUCUUUUGGGAGAGAUUGGUGGGCUUCUUCCUGGAUAUGAGUUUGCUUCUGUUAGGGCAGGAGUUGAAAUGGCACUAAUUGAUGCAGUUUCUAGGAGUAUAGGUGUCCCUUUAUGGAGACUGUUUGGUGGAGCUUCAAAUACCAUAACCACUGAUAUAACAAUUCCAAUUGUUUCUGCUGGUGAAGCUGCUACAUUGGCUUCAAAGUAUCGUGAACAAGGAUUUAGGACUUUAAAGCUUAAGGUGGGAAAGAAUCUGAUUUCAGACAUAGAAGUCCUUCUAGCUAUACGUGCAGUUCACCCCGAUUGCGAUUUUAUCUUGGAUGCUAAUGAAGGAUAUACCUCCGAGGAAGCUAUCCAAGUUCUUGAUAAAUUAUAUGAGGUGGGAGUUAGUCCUGUUCUCUUUGAACAACCAGUUCAUAGAGAUGAUUGGGAAGGCCUUGGAUAUGUUAGUCGCAUUGCGAGAGACAAAUAUGGAGUAUCAGUUGCAGCUGAUGAGAGCUGUCGAAGUUUAGUUGAUGUCAAGAAAAUAGUUGCAGAAAAUCUAGCUGAUGUCAUUAACAUUAAACUUGCUAAAGUUGGGGUUGUUGGGGCCCUGGAAAUCAUUGAGGUGGCAAAGUCAUCGGGAUUAACUUUGAUGAUUGGUGGUAUGGUUGAGACUAGACUGGCCAUGGGCUUUGCCGGCCACCUUGCUGCUGGUCUUGGGUGCUUUAAGUUUAUUGACCUAGAUACUCCCCUGCUGCUUUCGGAAGAUCCAGUUCGGGAGGGUUAUGAAGGUAUUCUGAUCUGUCUGUAA